AUGGCAUCCGAUGGGCUCGUGGACGAAAAAGAGUCUCUUCGCACGAAGGUUUCAGUUUUGGAGCGAGAGCUCAGGCAGCGCACCGCGGAGUGCAGCAAGUUGCGUGAUGAAUUGCGACAGUUUGGGGAGUUGAAGCAAAAGGUGGAGUCACAGCGGGAGCUUAUCUUGGCACAGCGAGAGCAGCUUGACUUUCUGCGGACAGCUCAUGCGUCGGCGGUGGACGCGCUUGAGAAGAAAGCGAAGGAGGAUCGUGACAGGGAGCACCGCGAGCGAUUUCAGAGCCUAAGCGCCCGACUUGGGGACGAAGUGCCCCAGAGAAAGAGCUCGCCGCAGAAUUCGGCGCCGAACGUCGGUGCUUCAGUCGGCCUUGUGCCGACAAGUGAUGGUGCACGGGUGGUUUUGAAGAGCUCCGAUAUUUCCUCAUUGGGUUUUGCUCCUGUUCAGCGUCCCGUGGACUUUUUGGGUGGUCGGCAGAAUUUAUUGCGGCAGAAUGAGAACGCUGGGACUGGGGGCACUGAGGAAGAUGAAGCGGCUCGGAUCAUGGAGAUGGCUCAAGAUGAAGCGUUACUGGAUCUUCAAUACGCUGAAGUCGCGGAUCAGGAAGAAAAGGAGCUUCGUGAGCGAUUUGAGGCCCUACGACGGCGUUAA